AUGUUGAACAUUGUGAAUGGUGCUAAAACCAUCCGAUUUCAACAAUCUUUGGGAGUUUUCAAACGCAGCUUGUACUCGAGACUACGAGAUUCGUCUGAAUUUGUGACUUUGAAGCCCGUCAGCAAGCUCAAAUCCGUGUCGUCUCCGGACUUCAUAUCUUCUCCAAACUCAAAGCUGCAAUCUGUGAUUUGGCACCGUCCCCUCCAAAAUGUUCUCAUCACCAAGAAGCCCUGGGCGGACAACACUCGCCAAGCAAUGGUGGAUUUCAUCACUCAUCUGCACGACUCCUAUCCGGAGAUAAACGUGGUGGUGCAACCGGACGUGGCCGAGGAAAUAGCUCAGGAUUUCGUCAAAAAUCCAGACUCCAACCCGGGAGAACCACACGUUCUGUAUACGGGCGAGAACGAGGACAUAGUUGACAAAGUCGACCUUUUGGUCACUUUGGGAGGUGAUGGUACUAUCUUGAGGGCUGUAUCGCUGUUUGCCAAUGUUCAGGUUCCACCAGUUCUAGCCUUUUCGCUGGGCACGUUGGGUUUCCUUUUGCCAUUCAACUUCAAGGACCAUAAAGCUGUCUUCGAACAAGUUAUGAGCUCCAGAGCCAAGUGUUUGCACCGCACUCGUCUGGAAUGUCACAUCAUUCGCCGUGGGUGCAAAGCCGAAGACGGACGCACCGUUGCACACCAUGCCAUGAAUGACAUAUUUUUACACAGAGGCAACUCACCACACUUGACAAACUUGGACAUUUACAUCGACGGAGAAUACUUAACCAGAACUACUGCGGACGGCGUUACUUUGGCGACCCCUACAGGCUCCACCGCAUACUCUCUAUCUGCAGGCGGAAGUAUUGUAUCUCCCUUGGUGCCCUCGAUUUUGCUGACUCCGAUAUGUCCCAGGUCUCUUUCAUUCCGGCCUUUGAUAUUACCGCACUCAUCACACAUAAAGAUCAAGAUUGGGUCAAAGCCCCUACAAGGCCCCGACAACAAAUUGGUCAAGUUGUCUAUUGACGGAGUUCCUUUGGAGGACCUCAAUGUCGGGGACGAGAUUCACGUCGUCAACGAGAUCGGUACCAUAUACGUGAACGGCACACAGUUGCCCAGUACGAAAAGUUCACAGGCCGUCAAGCGGCCAGGCCAAAGCAUCAAAAACUCCGGUAUUUACUGCAUUGCCAAGACCGAGAACGACUGGACACGCGGACUCAACGAGCUUUUGGGAUUCAAUUCUAGCUUCCGCUUUACAAAUCGGAAAGAUAACUAA